UUCGCUUAUAAUAAAAUGGAAGUCGAAGAAAAUCAAUCCAAUUUAAAUAUUUAUAAUCAUAAAAUUAUCUUAGAAAAUCAAGAAAAAUUUACACGACAAUUCAUAAACCAUGAGAAUAAAUUUAAAAAAUAUCGACAAUUUUCCACCGAUCCACAAUUUUUACAAUUUUUAGAUAAAUUGCAAUCUUUCUCACAGACACAGCAGCAAUUCUUAUUAGAACAACAAAAUUUAUUACAACAACCUUUGCAGCAACAGGAACAACAAAACUUAUUACAAGAACAAAUUUUACAACAAGAACAACUUUUACAACAAGAACAACUUUUACAACAAGAACAAUUACAGCAACAAUCUUUCCAACAAGAACAACAAAAUUUAUUACAACAAUCUUUACAACAACAAGAACAACAAAAUUUAUUACAAGAACAAA